AGGGGCCAGUGUAAGUCAGCCUUCUGCUCGUGAUUCAUGAAAUAGAACGUUGUUAGUAUACGUUACAAAGUACGAAAAAGGGAAUCAAGGAAUAUAUAUCAAUAUAAAUAAAGAAAUAUAUACAUAUACAUAUAUAUACAUAUGUAUUUGAGCAUAAAGCAUAAAUUGAAGAAAUACAUUCAAAUAUUCCUUUCUUAGAUUUUUUUAGAUAUCAAUAUUUUUUAAUAUCACGAUAUUUAACUGUAUGAUUAAAACCACGUCGAGCAGUUCAUUACGUCACACAAAUAAUUUUUUUUGAAAUUUCUUUCGUUACUUUUGACAAAAUUAACAUGUAAGUUUUAUAAAAACGUUGUUAAUUAUAUUAAAAAUAUACUAUUUUUAAUGUGAUUGUACCAUGCAUUUUUAACUUUAAUCGUUUCAAUGGCAGCUAUUCAUAGAAGAUCAUUUAUAGACAAGUAUCAUUUAUGCAGCUACACACACACACUUUAAUUCUGACGUAUUUAGUUUAUUUCCGUAACUUUUCUUGUUUUUGUUUAUUAAUUUAAAAUCAUUCUUAUCCAAUGUGCCAGAAUAGAAAGAAAUUCCAUAGUGUAAAAAAGAACAUCAUAUAGUCAAAAGAUUUUGCAAUCCGCAUACUAGUGUCAGUGUAAAUGUGCAUAUUUACCAAAACAUAUACAUAUAUACACAUGUCGUUAUGUUCAAAAUAGAUUAUUUUAUGUAGCUUUGAAAGAAGAUUGGUAGAUUUUCGAACAAAACAAUUGAUAAUGUACAGUGAGUUGAAGUUUAAAUUGAAUAUUUUUGAAUUUCUUCACUGCUCUUGAUAAAAAAAAUAUCCCUCAAUGAAUAAACUUGAAAUACAUUCGCAAAAAAUGAAAUAAUUGAAUUUUUAGUUGUUCACAAUAAUACUUCCUACUAUGAUUCAUCGGUUUUUUUUUUACAAUUAUUUUUCACCGAGAUAUACAAGCUAGAAGAGUUUUAUUGUAGGAAAAAUACGGAACUUCAAAGAAACUCAGUCUUUUGCUGAAUAUUUAUUAAGGAAAAUAUAUGAAAUAGUUUAAUUAGUAAUUGCAAUAUAUAUUAAACUUUUAUAUAAUUUCUGAUCCUUAGAAAAAUUGAAUAUCUCCAAAGAGCUACAAUUUUGUAGAAAUUGGGUUAUACAAAUAUGAGGUAGUUAUUUAUAAACAGUCGUAAGAGAAAAAUCUUCCUUAUAUUUGUGAUUUUGAGGAGUAUUUCUGUAUCUAAAGUGUCUUCCUUUUAUAACCUUUUUCUCAACAUUUUUAUUUGGUUAAAUAUUGUCCUCAUAUGAUAUAAAAAUUGAAUUAACUUUUCAUUUUUUACACAGUUCUAUAUAGCUAUUAUAUAAAUACAGCGUAAAUACUUGUGAUGAUAAACAACGAAUUAUCUUUUUUUGAGCAUUUUUAUUAUUUUUUUAAAGAAUCUGUCAACAUUUUAAGAAUGUUCGAAGCUUUCAUUGUACUAUAGACAAAACAUAUCAGGUUUGAUUCAACCAGGAACUCUAUAGAAAUAUUGAUACUAAUUAAAUAUUGUUUUAGCACAAAUUUUGAGAUUGAGUGGAGACUGUAUGCUAUAAUAAUUGAUGAGCAACAUGAUUCUUGGUUUCUAGAGAGCUAAUAUUUUUAAUUUACAAUGAAAUAUUCAUUAAGUUGUAUAAACAAAGCUACGAAUAUUGAUAAUUCACAUGAAGAGAUGCAAAAUAAAUUGCUCAAGACAUUGAGUUAAUGUUUCAUGAUUGCUUGAAUUAAAUAGAGUUUCUAGAUGUUACAACCAAACAUUAAAUUUCUGUAUGAAUAAUACUUAAUAGCAUUAUUUCAACGUUAGCAAUUCUAUUUAAUAUAAUUUAUUCGAGUUUAUAUGGAUUUUGUUGCAAGUGAAAUGAUAUAAAGUGGAGUGAAUCAACUAACAAAAUUACUAGCUAGUGAUAAUUCUUCUCAAAGUACGAAUAUUUGUUAUCAUUGAUGAAAACUAUAUCAAUUACAAGCUCUUCUACUUAAUUUGUUGUAUGAUGAAUCAAGGCCGUAUUUCAUCAUAAUGGAUUUUUAACUGAGAAUGCAAGAUGACACAGCGAAUUUACCAGUGGUCCACGAGCCCCUCCGAGGUGGCUCCGCAAGCUAUCCAAAUGGUGGCCCCCAAAGCAAAAUCGAAUCACCAAGAAAAAAUCUUCUCGAGGUACACCGAACAAGACAAGGAGAAGGAUAAACAGGAAUUACAAUAUAUGCUGCAGAAUCAUGAGGAAGAAAUUGAAUUUGUUCCACCGCAAACAAAAGAAGAAGAAAAACCGCCAAGUCCUACACCAACACUUCCACCAGUGCCUUAUUAUAAGCUCUUCCGAUUUGCAACAUUUGCUGAGUUGAUGUAUGUGUUUGGAGGUCUAAUAAUGGGUACCCUGACGGGUCUUUGCAUCCCAAUAUCUACCAUUCAAUAUGGCGAGUUCACUACUCUUUUGGUAGAUCGCAACCUAGCGAACCAUACAAGUACACCCACUAUAAUCAUGGCAUGGUUUGGUGGAGGAAAAGUUUUAGGACCAAAUGCAAGUCGUCCAGAGCGUAUGGAUGCCUUAUACGAUGAUUCAGUAGCUUUUGGUGUGUCAUGUGCGGCGUUAUCUACAUUGCAAUUCUUUUUCGCAAUUUUUACGGUGGAUCUAUUGAAUGUCGCAGCAUUCAGACAAAUUUCCAGAGUUCGUAGGAUGUUUUUACAAGCUGUUCUCCGACAAGAUAUGGCAUGGUAUGACACCAAUACUUCAACGAAUUUUGCAAGCAGAAUCACUGAAGAUUUGGACAAAAUGAAAGAUGGAAUCGGCGAGAAACUUGGUAUUUUUACUUAUUUAAUGGUUUCAUUCAUCUCAUCGAUCAUCGUCUCUUUUAUCUACGGAUGGAAACUUACUUUAGUAGUAUUGAGCUGUGCACCAAUUAUUGUUAUUGCUACUGCGAUAGUAGCUAAAGUUCAAAGUUCGCUGACUGCUCUGGAAUUAGCAGCCUACGGGCAAGCAGGAAAUGUUGCCGAAGAGGUUCUCGGUGCUAUUCGUACUGUUAUAGCAUUUGGUGGUGAAGAUGUAGAAGUAAAAAGAUAUACUCAAAAAUUAAUGCCCGCUGAGACAACUGGAAUAAAACGCGGUAUGUGGUCAGGAGUUGGCGGUGGUAUUAUGUGGUUUAUUAUAUAUCUUAGUUAUGCUCUUGCAUUUUGGUAUGGAGUUCAAUUAAUUCUCGAAGAUCGCCCGAAACAAGAUAAAGAAUAUACACCUGCUGUACUCGUAAUCGUUUUCUUUGGUGUACUUGCUGGAGCUCAAAACAUGGGAUUAACUUCACCACAUUUAGAAGCUUUUGCAAUAGCUAGAGGAUCUGCUGCAGCUAUUUUUCAAGUCCUUGAUCGUGUUCCUACUAUCGAUAGUUUAAGUACUGAAGGACAAAAAUUAAAAACAGUUAAUGGUGAAAUAGAAUUUAAAGAUGUUCAUUUUAAGUAUCCUGCUAGAAAAGAUGUGAAGAUUCUACGAGGUUUAAACUUAAAAAUUAAACACGGAGAAACAGUAGCAUUGGUUGGCGGAUCUGGCUGUGGCAAGUCUACAUGUCUUCAACUUAUCCAGCGUCUUUAUGAUCCUCUGCAAGGUCAGGUUUUACUUGAUGGUGUUGAUAUAUCAAAGUUAAAUGUUGGUUGGUUGCGGUCUUAUAUCGGUGUUGUUGGUCAAGAACCAGUACUCUUCGAUACUACCAUCCGAGAAAAUAUUCGUUAUGGUAAUGACAAUGUUACUGAAGCAGAAAUGAUCAAAGCCGCUAAGGAAGCUAAUGCGCAUGAUUUUAUUAGUAAAUUGCCAGAGGGUUAUGACAGUCCAGUUGGAGAAAGAGGAUCACAAUUAUCUGGGGGACAAAAACAGAGAAUUGCUAUUGCUCGUGCACUCGUUAGAAGACCUGCAAUCCUUUUACUAGAUGAAGCUACUUCAGCAUUGGAUCUUCACAGUGAAGCAACAGUGCAGAGAGCUCUUGAUGCUGCUUCCAAAGGCAGAACAACUGUUAUUGUUACUCACAGACUCUCAACUAUUACUAAUGCUGAUAGAAUCGUUUUCAUUAAGGACGGUCAAGUAGCUGAAAUGGGUACACAUGAAGAACUACUUGCAUUAGGCAAUCAUUAUCAUGCAUUGGUUUCUGCUGAUGCUAGUGCAACUGCAAAAGCUAAAGCCACAGCAACCGCAGCAAAAACAACCGUGACAAGUGUGCCAAAGGUUAAACCUCCAUUGAAAAAGCAAUUUUCUACACUUUCUAUGCAUUCUCAUCGUUUGUCUUUAGCUGGUGGAUCUACUACAUCUGAAGAAGAGCUUGAAGAACAUGAAAAACCUUAUGAUGCUCCAAUGAUGAGGAUUUUUGGAUUAAAUAAGCCCGAGUGGCCUUUUAAUAUAAUUGGUUGUUUAGCUGCUGCAACCGUUGGAGCAUCCUUCCCUGCUUUUGCUGUACUUUUUGGAGAAGUCUAUUAUGUUCUCGGUCUUGAAGAUCCGGACGAAGUGCGACGAGAGACUGUUAAUUUUUCCAUUCUUUUCAUUAUCGUAGGGGUAGUUACUGGGAUAGGAACCUUCCUUCAGAUGUACAUGUUUGGUUUGGCCGGAGUACGAAUGACCACUCGAAUUAGAAGAAUGACAUUUAGCGCUAUGUUAAAACAAGAAAUGGGCUGGUAUGAUGAAGAUUCUAAUAGUGUAGGAGCACUAUGUGCCAGAUUAUCAUCAGAUGCAGCUUCAGUUCAAGGAGCAACUGGAAGUAGAAUAGGUGCAAUUCUUCAAGCUUUAUCUACACUCGUCCUGGGUAUCGGUUUAUCGAUGUAUUAUACAUGGGAAAUGACUUUGGUAUCAAUUGUGUCUAUUCCAUUAGUUCUUGGUGCAGUAUUUUUAGAAGCAAGAAUAAUGAGUGGUCAAGGUUUACAAGAGAAAAGAAAAAUGGAAGGUGCUACAAGAAUUGCUAUUGAAGCUAUAUCUAAUAUUAGAACAGUAGCAAGUUUAGGAAAGGAAACUACUUUUCUUGAAAAAUACUGUGUAGAAUUAAAUCACGUUGCUGCUGCCACAAGAAUUAGAAAUCGUUUACGUGGGCUUGUAUUCUCAUGUGGUCAAACUACUCCUUACUUUGGUUACGCUCUCAGUCUUUACUAUGGUGGAUAUUUAGUUGCUCGACGUGACCUUGAUUAUCAAAAUGUCAUCAAAGUUUCAGAAGCGCUAAUAUUCGGUUCUUGGAUGCUUGGUCAAGCUCUUGCGUUUGCUCCCAAUUUCAAUACUGCAAAAAUUUCUGCUGGCAGAAUAUUCCGACUAUUAGAUCGUGUACCUGAAAUAAUGACUCCACCAGAAUUAGAAGGAAAAGAUAAAGACUGGAAAGCAGAUGGACUUAUACAAUUUUCAAAAGUUGAGUUCCAUUAUCCAACUCGUUCUGAAGUUCAAAUUCUCCGUGGUCUCAAUCUUAUCGUUAAACCUGGACAAAUGGUUGCAUUAGUUGGUCAAAGUGGCUGUGGAAAGUCGACAUGUAUUCAAUUAUUACAACGACUUUACGAUCCUUUGUGUGGAAAUAUUACGAUGGAUCGAAAAGAUAUUUCUUCUGUUUCUUUAUCUGCUUUAAGAUCUCAACUUGGUGUGGUAGGACAAGAACCAGUUUUAUUCGAUCGUACAAUUGCUGAAAAUAUUCAAUACGGUGAUAACAGUCGUGUUGUUACAAUGGACGAAGUGAUUGAAGCAGCAAAGAAAUCAAAUAUUCAUAGUUUUGUCAGUUCUCUACCACUGGGAUAUGAUACUAGGCUUGGAACUAAAGGAACUCAGCUUUCGGGUGGUCAAAAACAGCGUAUUGCCAUAGCUCGUGCUUUAGUUAGAAAUCCGAGAAUUCUUUUACUUGACGAAGCAACAUCGGCUCUUGAUACUCAGAGUGAAAAAGUCGUCCAAGCAGCUUUGGAUAAAGCAAUGGAAGGCAGAACUUGUAUUACUAUCGCUCAUCGCUUAGCUACAAUAAGAAAUGCAGAUGUUAUUUGUGUUCUCGAAAAGGGUAUGGUGGCUGAAAUGGGUACUCAUGAUGACUUAAUAGCUUCUGAUGGACUUUAUGCUCAUCUUCACGCACUUCAAGAAACAGCCAUGGAGUAAAACAUACAGUUUUGCUUUUCUCUGUAAGAUAAAAUAGAAUAAAUGGCAUAAAAAUA